AGCAUCGCUCGGUGUCUCGACCAAUGAGCGUCGUCCUUUGGCGGACGUAGUAGUUUUGCUGAGGAGGCUCGCAAAUCGAAAAAAAUACGAGAGUGCAUCAAGCGGUUGGUGGAUCGUUGCCGAAAGAAGAUGCAGCCGCGCGUGCGAGUCGGCGUCCCGGCGUCCAAGAGACGGUGAGCCAGGCUGAGACACUCGCUGUGCCAUUGUCCCGUGUCAGUGUUCCGUCAUGGACCCGACAGCUGCUGCAGGAAGUGAGAAAAUGGACGUUUACGGACUGAUGUUCAACAGGCCAAACGGAGGCGUUCCUCAGGAGUCAAAGUUGGCCACUUACAUGGGAACUGCUUCGACCAGCCAAGUACUUAAUAAAGGCAUAGCAUCUCUAAGUCUGGACAAUCUCUCCAUGAAGAAGGUAUUAGGCAACGAGUUUGUGCCAAACUCGGCAAGCGCAGGGAAUUUCACUUACUCGGGCAUCACUGCCAAUGCCGAGUCUCCGGCAGCCAAAAGCUACAACCCCGAGUACGCAGGAGAGCCGUCCGCCUCAAUGCUGAACUCCACUUCCCAGAGACUGGCCAGGCACAGGGAAACGCCGCCCUUGGACGCCCUGGGUGACGCCCAAAACAUGUCAAUGACUUCCACUUACCAGGAGAAUGUUGGUGGCACGACCUACUUUUACCCAACCAGUGGUACUGGGUCCAGCACCCCAACGCGGGCUGACUCAUCCCCGAUGGUGAUGCCCAACUUCCACGCCUACCCUGGCACCCCAAGCCACCUGACCAAGGCCCCGAGCGCCUCUUCGCCCAACAGGGCCACCCAGCCGACGCAGCAGCCGUCGAUGAGCUCGACCAGCCACACAACUCACCUGACCAACUCUUUGGGCAGCUACUACCUGUUGGAAGAGUUCCGUCUUGAGCUCCUUAACCGCAAUGCACUCGUUCUUGCCCAGCCGAACGGCCCUGCGUACCCUGACUUGCCUGCUGAGAUUGAUAACUACCACGAGCUGUGUUCUCUGGAGCCAGUGGCAGGGGCCAAUCAGAAGACAUCACAAGUGAUAUCCUACCAGACCUCGACUCUGAAGGCAACCCACACGAAAAGCGGCGCUCGCUUCUGCUUGCGGAGAGUUCACGGCUUCCGACUGGCCAAUCUCAAGUGCAUGGCCAACAUGGACUCAUGGAAAAGGAUCCAGCACUCGAAUAUUGUGCAGAUAAAGGAAGUCUUCACCACCAAGGCCUUCAACGACAAUUCCAUUGUCUUUGUGUAUGACUAUCAUCCUGGCGCGGAGACGCUCAUGUCGAAGCACUUUUCGGCCAGCGACCAAGCAAAUGGCUUCCCUGACCCGUUCAACGGAGAUCACAAUGUUGCCCGGCCUUACAGCCACACCAAGAAUGCCCUGCUCAGGCAACAUGCUAGUUUGUUGCCCGAGCCGUUGAUCUGGAGCUACGUGAUCCAGCUGACGUCCGCCCUGCGAACAAUCCACAACGCAGGCCUCGCCUACCGCUGCCUGCACCCCAGUAAGGUGAUCCUUACAGACGGCAAUGUGCCUCGACUGCGGCUCAGCUUUUGCGGCAUUGCCGACGUCGUCAUGUUUGACGCCACCGCCAACGUCUCGAUGGCCACCGUCCACCAGCAGGAAGACCUGUUGGCGCUCGGCCGGCUUGUGUUGGCGCUCGCCUGCAAGUCCAUGUUGGCGGUCAAGAGGGAAAACAUUCAAACCUCGCUCGAACUUGUCUCCCGCAGCUAUUCGAGCGACCUCAGGAAUCUCAUUGUGUACCUUUUGUCAAACUCAACCAGACGCUCCGUCAGUGACCUGAUGCCUAUGAUUGGAGCUCGGUUUUACACGCAAUUAGAUGCCACUCAGCAGCGUUGUGACCUGUUGGAAAACGAGGUUUCCAAAGAGAUUGAGAAUGGCCGCCUUGUCCGCCUGCUGACAAAGUUGGGGAUCAUUAACGAGAGACCAGAGCUGAAUAUGGAUCAAACUUGGAGUGAGAACGGUGACAGGUACAUGUUGAAACUUUUCCGUGACUAUGUGUUCCACCAAGUGAGUGAAGACGGCAAGCCGUGGAUCGACAUGGCGCACAUUGUGUCUUGCCUCAACAAGUUGGACGCAGGAACUGAUGAGCAGAUCUGUCUGAUGUCGAGAGACGAGCAGUCUGUGUUAGUUGUAACGUACGCUGAGCUGAAGCACUGUCUAGAGCAGAGUUUUGAUGAAAUCGUCCAGGCGGCCAAUGCAUUUUCUUAAGGCUAAACUGCCGUCCAGGGUGAAGCUCUAAGAGAUCUUUCUUCUAAUGCCGUACAGCAUCGAGAAACAAAAGAAAUGACAUUUCAAAGUCACUUGAACCCACUACUUUUAACACCUAAUCUGCUACAUUCCAGUUUCAAAAGUAUAUAAGUAUUGAAAUAAUUUUGAUAAAAACACUAAAAACUUGAAGCUAACGAGCGCUAGUUGAUCGAUUCGAUUGGAAAAUAGUUCAGAAAAAAAAAUCAAACUGAUAUGAUUGAAAAGUGCUCAAUGAUUUGAGUUUUCAUUUGAGUGACUUUACUGCGAGAGGAUAAUGAAAGACAGCACAAAAAAAAAAGAGAAAAAUAUCGAAGAAAGUGUGAUAAAAGACUUAAUUUAUUAUAAUAUUGUUAAUUCUUAGGCACUCUAACAAAACCAAAAUGCUUUAAAACGGUGAAUGAAGAAGAAGAAAAAUCAAUCCAAUUUUACUGCGUACUUAUGAAAAAAUUUGCAAAAAGCAAUACACACAAAACUUUGUAAAAGUCGGGCGAAUCUCCUCCACAUCACCCAGUUGCUGUUUUACUGUUGGAAACAAAUUCAAAAAGCCUCUCGUUGGGAUUAAUCUCUUCGAAAUCACGCCGCCCAGCAGCGCUCAAUCGAACAGCAAUAAAAUUGAUUGAUUGACUGGGCACUAAAUAAAUAAUUGUCCCUGACGAGCCCCCCUACAAGCAGAAUUAUUAUGUAUGUUUGUUUCACUAUUUCCAUUGUGUCGUCCAAGCGAUGACCUCCUAAGUGAAAAAUGUGAUCAACCGAAUUGAAUUGCGUAUCUUUUUGAAAUUUCUGUUUUGCUGAAAUUUGAAAAAUGUUAUCGUGGAGAUGAGCUGGUGGAAGUACGAGAAGACCGUUUUCACAAAUCAAGUCGAAUUUGUUGUUGCUUUUUGUUGAAUUUGGCUUGAACUAUUACUCGCGCGCCAACGUCAGCAGCCCGCCAAAACUUGCGAGGUUAUUUAAAAUUUUAUUUCUGAAAUUUCGGUAUAGCGAUAAAGAACAAAAAUGGAUACACAUGUUUUUAGUUGGAAUAAUAAAAAUAAAGAGAUUCUGAGAAUUCAAUAUAUAUAUAUUAUGAAUGUGAGCGUUUUUGGUUUAAAAGGCGUGAUAUGUGUAAAGAUCAAUCAAUAUUUUAUGUAAAUGUCUUAUUUUAAAUAAAGUGCAAAAUCGCAAAUCGAUA